UUGCAUGCGAACGCCUUCAGAUCGCAGCCAACCGUUUUCGAGACAACAACGCGAGCAGCAUGUGUACGAACACCGACAAGAGACUAUGGUGGAGGUGCCACCAUACAUCCAAUGCAGUUUUGCUGUUAUUGUUGUUGCUUUUGAAGCCCACUUUUAUACAAACAAUGCGUGAAACCGUCGAUGAGCAUAAUUUUGAUUAUUUAAAGUUUAACCGCAACCAGAACCAGAACUAUGCAAAUUCAUCGAAUCUUCCGGAUAGUCAAGUGAAGUCCAGCGAAGGCAGUGGUGUGGUACAUUACUUUCGAUUUCACGAUUUCGAACCGCGUGCAUUGAGCACCUACACUUGGACGGCAGCAACAAAGAGUCCCAUGGUAGAGGCGGAAAGGAAAUCUAUAAACAGCGAAGAAAGUGCGCUCAGUGUGAUCAGCUCAAAGCUAUCGGAAAAACGUAAGCCUCGUGGUAUACACUUUGAGGCUGACGGCAAAGAUCUUUCCAUCAAUCUGGAGUUCAUUAUACCGUUCUUGCGUGUGCCCAUUGCGCGUAGUGUUGAAAUUACACAAUCGGCCUUUCGUAAAUUGGCCGAUUUGAAUUCGGAUACAUUGCUGAUCAGCAGUGGUGUCGCAAUUGUGGGCGCGAUUAUUGCAGCUGUUGUAAAAAGUGUUGUCACACCCACGCUCUUUGGUUAUGCUUAUAAGAAAGCGUCGCGAGCUGCAGACACUAUGGAUGGUUUCAAUUUCGGUAGUUAUGCGCCGGCGACUGAUAAAGCUGACUUAGUGACGAAUUCUAUUAUCAAAGGUCAAGAUGUGCUCAACCUGGUAGAAGACAAUCUUCACGCUAACCACAUAAAUGUAAGCGUUUGCGCACAGCGCGCGAUCUGCAAUUAUGUCCAGCAAGCCACAUCGGGCGUACGCACCGGUCUCGGUUCACCAACUGAUCGCAUAGUCGAUGGACUUAUCAGUUUGGAUCUGCUGAAGCACUACUUGAACGGCACUGCUUUGAAGCAUGCUAUAGACAUGGGUCGUUCCAGGGAUGCCACGGGCUGUGAGCUCAUUUAUCGCGAAUGUGAAUGGCCGAAAAUGCAAAAUAAAGCUUGGGAAAUAGCAAAGAAGUUGUUAAUUGGAUAUCUUGGCAGACAACAACUGUAAUGAUUCGAGUGAUGCCACGUUCGUAGUUUCCGUGUUACAGUAUUGUUCUUGAUGAUAAGCUGCAGAGUUGACGUAAUAUUUGUUUUAUAAACUUAAUAUAGCAUAAGGAUUUUAUAUUUUUUCUACGAGCUUAAGUGCCAAAAAUAUAUAUUUAUU